AUGACCUUCUUAACCUUUCGACAGUUGCGGUUCCGCUGCAAGCUCGGCUUCUCAAUGUCCGGCCCCUCGUCGUGGUUUCCUCCAAAUGGGUCGUCCAGGACACCUCUUCGAUUGAAUGCUAGAAGCUCCGAGAGACACUUCACCUCCUCCUUGCACACUGCGUGUUGCCAUCAGUCGCCGGCAUUCGCGCCCGUGUAUCCAGAAGAUAUUCCCGACCCGCACCUGUCCGUCUUCACAGCCAUGCCACGCCCGAAGGUGACCAUAUUCGGCACCGGCGGAACCAUAGCGGGAUCGGCCGCCGACGCCUGCCAAACGACAGGAUACGCGCCCGCGGUGCUGACCGUCGAUGCCCUGAUCAGGGAGGUGCCGGAGCUGGGUCAGGCGGCCCAGUUGCGAAGCGAGCAGCUUGUCAACGUGGGAAGCCCGGACAUCACGUCUGCCCAGCUGCUGCGCAUGGCCCAGCGCAUCCAGAAGGAACUUGACGGCGACUGCCACGGGGUGGUGGUCACACACGGAACCGACACCAUCGAGGAGACGGCCUUCUUCCUCGAGCUGACGAUACAGUCGGACAAGCCCGUCGUGCUGGUUGGUGCAAUGCGGCCAGCUACAGCGCACAGUGCCGACGGGCCGAUGAACCUGCUCUGCGGCGUCAACCUUGCUGCAAAUCGUUGUGCGAAGAAAAGGGGCGUCAUGAUUGUGCUCAACGACCGCAUCUGCGCGCCGAGAUUCACGACCAAGACCAACGCCAACUCGCUCGACAGCUUCAAGGCUACCGAGCAAGGCUACUUGGGCGUCUUUGUCAACUCACAGCCUGUCUUCUACUAUCCACCUUGCCGUCCACUGAGCCACAACUACUUCAACGUGACGCGCUGCAACGCAGCAGCAGGUCUGCCGGACGUCGAUAUCUUGUACGGCCACCUGGGUCUGCGGUCUGGUUUGUUCAAGGCAGCCGUCGAUCAAGGCGCUGGCGGCAUCGUGCUUGCGGGCAUGGGGGCAGGAUGCUGGAACACCGAGGACGGCAAGAGGAUCAUGUCCUUUGUCGAGAAAAGGGGCAAGGCGGUGCCAGUUGUCGCGAGCCGCCGCACCGCGUGGGGUUUCGUCGGAGGCACGUCCAACUACGGCUUGGGGGACUCGUGCAUCGGUGGUGGCUUCUUGGAUCCGCACAAGUGCCGUAUCCAGCUUCAGCUCGCACUCGCGGCUGGUCUCGACGCCGCGUCCAUCCGGGAGGUUUUCGAAGGCAACAGGCCGGGAGCAGCAGUCGCGGAGUCGAGGAUCCGCGAAUGGCGGAUUCUGUAG